UCGGAAGAUCAUGUGACCAAUCAAAAUGGCAGCCGCCAUGGUAGCGAUAAACGGGCUUCUAAAAAACGAACAAUAUCGCCCUUUUCUCUCACUUCUGAAGGGAUUUCGAAAUGGAGCAGUGUAUGGGGCAAAGGUUCGGGCACCACAUGCCUUUGUUAUGACAUUCUUAUUUAGAUCUGGAAGUUUCCAACAGAAGUUCAAAUCAAUCGCCGAAGCAACAUUCACUCAUUCCAAAAAUCUUGCCAGUUUUGUGUUUACUUACAAAACGUUGUCAUUAUUGAUGCAAUGGUUGCAGCGUGAGAAGUCACAGAUACAUGCAUUUAUCGCUGCAUUUAUUGGUGGAUGGCUGGUAUUUGGGCAGUAUAAUAAAGUCAAUGAACAGAUCAACUUGUACUUACUUUCAAGAAUACUCUAUGCACUGGCAAAACUUGCAGUAAAAAACGGGUACAUACCUCAGCCAAAGAAUGCACCCUUUCCACUGUUUGGUGCUAUAGUGUGGGGUGUGGUCUUAUGGCUGUUUGAAUACGAACGCGACACCCUCCAGAACUCUCUCACUUCCUCUAUGACAUAUCUUUACGAUGAUAGUACGAUCUGGACGAAUAUCAAAGACUUUUUGUUCUACAACAAUGAUAGGGUUUGGUAAAUGUUAAGGUCUCAUUUUGGUUCUCCAGGGAGUUGGAAGUUUUGCCCUGUUGCAUUGCUCUUGGACUGAUCAAGUCACUUCUGAUAAAAAAAGAUGUAUUUGUAUUUGUGGUUUUAAAAUCAAAGA